UACUCCAUUAUGUUUAAUUACUCUUUAAGGGAUAAUUAGCACGUGACAAAACGAGAGCACAGAUUAUACCUAAUUUAUACAACGGACAUUACAAAUACUCUGUGAGGGUGUCACGGUGGAUAAUCUCAACAGCACACGGAUUGUACAGGGUUCAAAAGAACGCUCAACCAGCUCAACCUUCCAACGCUUUUUGUUGAAGUGCAAAGAUUCUGCGAACCUGUAUGACUGUGGACUGUGGACUGUGGUAACAUCAAUAUUAUUAUAGCAACAGCAGGCCAAAAAAUAUAUUCAUAGGAGGAAUCCCACAAACAAUCACAUGAUGCAUGUGUCUAUAUUCAGUUUUGAGACAAGAUGUUUAGCGUAGUUUCUAGACUAUCAAUCAACAAGGCCGAAGGAGGCUACGACUACAAGUUCAUAGAAGGACCUGCGGACUAUCUCAAGUGUCUCAUCUGUCUGCUAGUAGUUAUGCACCUAUCAAUGCAAAUCCCCACCCACCCCCUCACGGGAGAGGGUGGGGAUUUGUAAGUCAUUUGCAAAAUAACUUCCUACUUGGGGGCAGGGCUUUUGUCAAUCCGUAUAUUCAAGGAUACAAGAAUCAGUAUACUACAAUAUGUGUUUCUUCUUUUUCUUUGUGACCUCCAAUGCCACGGUAUAUAGAGCUAGUAGUCUCGAAUACCCGUCUCAACCCUCAAGCUUUUAGGUUGAGGCGGGUAUUCGAGACUAUAGAGCUAGUGUGUAUACGCAUAUGCUAGUCAUUGUUCUUGGAUAUAUAGACCCUAGUUUGUGCUUAAUAGUAUGGAGAAGAAGGUGGUUGUGUCUUUUGUAGGUGUGUAGUAGAGAGGUGCACAUUGUGAACCAUUCUUUUUAUUAUUAAUAUUGUUGAAUCCCCUGUGUGGGGGGAUAGUCUUUUGUAGUGCUAUGGACAUGCAUUUGUACAAAGAGGUGUUCCCUGGGGGAGUGUCUUUGUAACUCCCCUAUUGACAAAUCCCCACCCUAUCCCGUGAGGGGGGGGGGUGGGGAUUUGCAUUGAUAGGUGCAUUAGGGAGCCACAACAACAUGGCGGCUGUGGGAAGCUAUUCUGUAAAAUGUGUAUUGACAAGCACACAGUCUUAAGAAAUACCUGUCCACACUGCAGGCAGCCAUUAAAUAACUCAAAUGGCUUUCCAACAAUCUUCAAUGAUUUCAGAAGUGAUCAAGAGGUCAAGUCUCUAAUGGUGUACUGCAGCACUGCUUGCGGUUGGAAAGGAGAGCUGAGAUCACUCGAUAAUCACAAGCAGAAAGACUGUGAGAACACAUUAGUCUUUUGUGAAAACAAUUGUGGUGCAAUAAACAUUUUUCAGAAGAAUCUCAAGAUCCACCUCGAGUCCAAGUGUCCUAAUCGACUACACAAAUGCCCUGACUGUGGUGCUAACAACCAGUACAAAAACCACCAACUUCAUACCAAAUUACAUUGCCCCAAGCGAUCGUAUUCUUGUGUUCAUUGUGGUGAAAACGGCUGCUUUGAUGAGCGUACUUCUACACAUUUGGAGGUUUGUCCUAAGAUGAAAAUUGUGUGUAAAAAGUGCUUACGAUCUAUCCUGCGCUGCCAGCUGCCAACUCAUCCAAAAGAAUGUACGUUUGAACCAGUGCCCUGUAAAUAUGCUGAAGUUGGGUGCAAAGUUCGGCCUCUACGCAAAGACCUUAAGAAGCACGAGGAAAAUUACCAACUUCACCUCCAAGUUACCACAGAAACAGUGCUCGAGCUAAAAAAAAUGCUUCCCAAACCUGUUGCCCCAGUUACCUUCAGAGUUACAGAAUUUGACAAGCGCAAAACAGACAAUGAUGUAAUCUACAGUCCUUCGUUCUACACUUCCACAAAUGGGUACAAAAUGUGCUUAAGAAUAGAUGCCAACGGUAAUGGCACUGGCAAAGGCACACACGUCUCUGUGUUUACUUGCCUCAUGGCAGGAGAAUAUGAUGACUACCUGACCUGGCCGUUCACUGGGACAAUCACAAUCGAGCUACUCAACCAACUGGAGGACGAUAACCAUCUCAAAAGGACAACCCCAUUCCCAGCAGACGCUGAUGUCAGUGAGAGAGUGAUGAAGCGUGAGAGAGGGGAAGGAUACGGCUGGCCACAGUUCACCUCCCACACCGACCUUGCUCUUAAGCUUGCAAACAUUCAGUACCUCAAAGACGACACUCUAAUAUUCCGAGUAUCUGCAGAAGCUCCUGACUACAAACCAUGGCUGGAGUGCACCAACUGUGUGUAGUGGCUUUAUUACAUAGGACAGUUAAAGUUGUGAUAACGUGACAUUGCCUAUAACAUAUAGUAGUGUACAAUAUAUCGUGUCAAAACCAGUACUUUCAUACAUUAUGGGCUAUAUAACAUGUCCUACCUCCUCUGAGAAA